GGGGCUGGCGCGGCCGCUCCGAGCCUCCCGGGCUUCGCCCGAGCCCCUCCGGCUGGGCCGUGCGAGCCCCGGGGGGGAGGAAGGGGGCUGAGGCGCCCCUGGGGGGGGGCUGGGCUGCUCCCAGCACGGCCCUGUCCGCGCGGGAGGGGUGGGCAGGAGCUGAGGGAGCGCUGUGAGGGGCUCUGUGAGAGAGCGCCGUGCUCAAGGCCCGGUGUCAGCAUCCCCCUGCAGAAACACAGCGCCGAAAUUGCACAGAAUCACAAAAUCCUCGAUUACAAGCGUCGGAUCCUGAAUCGUGGAGUUUCCCGGCGGCUGUGGGAAACUCCUCAGCGCUCAGCCGAGCUCAGAGAGAGCUGCGCAGAAGGACGAGCCUCAGGAGCUACCGGGGUGCUCAGUGCUCCAGCAGGGUCUGGGUUUGUUGGGCAGAGAUAAUUCCUCCUGGGGAAUGGCUCAGCAGGGACCCACGGCAGGAAACGCUCCUGGGCGGCAGAGUUCUUACCAGAGCAGGCCUGCGUGGUGGGAGAAGUCUCACGAGGAACACCUUCAGUAGCUGAAUGUUUCGUUGCUCGCAGAUUUGUUCCUGACCUUCCAUAAAAAUGUCUAAGCAACAGCCUGCUCAGUUUACCAAUCCGGAAACCCCUGGCUACGUUGGGUUUGCAAACCUUCCCAAUCAGGUUCAUCGGAAGUCUGUGAAGAAGGGGUUCGAAUUUACUCUUAUGGUGGUUGGUGAAUCUGGAUUGGGAAAAUCUACAUUAAUAAACAGCCUCUUCUUGACAGAUCUCUACCCAGAAAGGAUAAUCCCAGGAGCUGCUGAGAAGAUUGAACGCACUGUGCAGAUUGAAGCUUCAACAGUUGAAAUAGAAGAGAGGGGUGUGAAGCUGCGUCUGACGGUUGUAGAUACACCAGGAUAUGGAGAUGCUAUCAAUUGUCGAGAUUGUUUUAAGACCAUAAUCUCCUACAUUGAUGAGCAGUUUGAGCGAUACCUGCAUGAUGAGAGUGGUUUGAACAGAAGGCAUAUCAUAGAUAACCGCGUUCAUUGCUGCUUCUAUUUCAUUUCACCGUUUGGUCAUGGCCUUAAGCCUCUGGAUGUUGAAUUUAUGAAGGCCAUACACAACAAAGUAAAUAUUGUACCAGUGAUUGCAAAAGCUGAUACACUUUCUCUGAAAGAGCGAGAAAGACUAAAGAAAAGGAUUCUGGAUGAAAUCGAAGAGCAUGGCAUCAAGAUUUAUCACCUGCCUGAUGCUGAAUCAGACGAGGAUGAAGAUUUUAAAGAGCAGACAAGACUGCUGAAGGCCAGCAUUCCAUUUUGUGUAGUGGGAUCCAAUCAACUCAUUGAAGCCAAAGGUAAAAAAGUUAGAGGUCGACUUUACCCGUGGGGUGUCGUUGAAGUGGAGAAUCCUGAACAUAAUGACUUUCUGAAGCUGAGGACCAUGUUAAUCACCCAUAUGCAAGAUCUUCAAGAGGUGACCCAGGAUCUUCACUAUGAGAACUUCCGCUCUGAGAGGCUCAAACGAGGCGGCAGGAAAAUAGAAGAUGAAGAAGUAAAUAAAGACCAGAUUCUGCUUGAAAAAGAAGCUGAACUUCGUCGCAUGCAGGAGAUGAUCGCGAGAAUGCAGGCACAAAUGCAGAUGCAAAUGCAAAGUGGAGAAGGAGAUAGCAGUGGACAUCAUGUAUAAAGUCUUUGAUUACUUUAUACCUUGACUUAAAGGAGACACUCUGGAUUUGAAUUACGGUGGUGUUAUACCAGAAAGGAGGCCUUCUGCCCAAUUUGUGACUUGGAGAUUAUUUUAGAAUUUAACAUGGAAACGCGUUGUGGUAACUCUUGUGAUACGUAUUUCAUAACAUGUAGUCAGUCAGUAUUUUAUAUAUUAUACACACUUGACUUUUUAUUUUGUAAUUCUUAUAUUGAGCUUAUUUUCAGUUUCCCAUUGUAUUAGGGAUACAAAAUAGACAUUGAAACUUCUAGCCUGACAUGGUGUUAGAUGAUUUGCUUUACUACGGCUUAUUAGCUCCUUGCUUUUAACUUUGUAUUAUGUUUAGAAAUAAACAGCUAUUAGUGAUAUCAGUAGUGUGUAAUAGUCACUAAUUAGGGAACCCUGCAAGGUUAGUUUUAUAUUUUUGCAGUGUUGGCAGGUGUGUGUCUGUGAGACCCUAGCCGUUCUUCUGUCUCUGCUGAGUGCAGGUGAUCUCCUUUAGCCUCUGCAAAUAUCUAGUUAGAAUUCAGGCAUGCCUUUUGUCUUAAUAAAAGAAAUAAGAGGAAAUACCUCUUGAAGGGCACACUGUAUUUUAUAUGACAGGCAUUAUUUCCUUCAGAUUUAACGUUGAGGGCCAUACAUUCUUUACUGUUUGCCUAAAAUUGCUUACUCUAUAUUGCGGAUAAUCUUUAAGAGUUUCUUGUAGGUCAGCACAAAUCAGUCCUGCUGUUUUCUGGCAUUACUGUAACCAAAUAAGCUUGAAUAAUCUUGGUAUGUUAAAUGAGAUAAACCCCAAAGAGUAGUUUUCUGUCCAUGGGUGUUUCCAUAUCCAAAUGCAUAAGAAAUUCUUUAAUUCCUAGAGAGUAUUUUCAUACUAUUUUUAGGGCAUUGCAAACUGUUAAUUGUAGUAUAACAUAUAUACUAGCACACUUCCCUUCUUUUUAAAGUGAUCUGUGCCUGACAGGAUCAAAGUGAACUAUAUUUUAAGGUCCUGGAGUUAGCAGUAAUACUUAUGAGGUGACUCCAAUGUGUUACACAGUUUUUUAGGCCAAGGUCACUUUCCUUAACGCUGAUAGUAAAGGAAACUGGUUUUGAGCUUGGCUGGACUUCUGCUGCAUAUCGUGGUAGGUAGUGAAUUUGCCAUAUGUAAUAACAGCUAUAGCAUACAGCUACAUAGGUGGCAGCUGAGAAGAGUAAGCAGUUAUGCACUGUUCUUGGCUUUUCUGGUACUUCUGAUAAAGCCAGAAAUCAUAUUUCCUAAUGUGGUGUGUUACAAAACACUGUUAUCUGAACAGCCAAUAAGUAGAUAGAAUUCCAGCUUUUCUCUGUUCUGAGCUCAGGUGCAGCAAUGAUUUUUAUAAAUUUUAAUGGUUUUUUUUUUGAAAAAGUAAUAAGAUUUCUACAGCUAAUUUCACUGAUGUUCAAAUGGCUAGAUUAAAUAUGAACCUGCUAAGCAGAAGAAAUUUUUACCUGCCUGAAACUGCUGUUUUAUGAAUCGCUUUAUAUUUGAAUCUUUCUAAAAAUGUGAAGUAAAGUUCUCUGCCCUAGCCUUUGCUGGGGAGCUCCAUUUUUCUUUGCAAAAGCAAAUUAUUCUCAAAGUUUUGUGUAUGACGCAUGUGAUCUUCCCUAACCGUCACAAAGGUGUAAAUGAGACCCUUUUUAUAUAUGUAGAUGCACAGAAGUGCUAAGUCCCAUUUUGUCAAAUUAGAUAUACGUAAAACUUAGAUGGAAAAACAUGCACUUCCAAGUUCUUGUAUUGCCUUUUCUAAAUAGCACAUAGAAAUAACAUAGCAGUAUUACCAGAAAAAAAAACAAAGCAACAACUCCACAGCACCUUAUGUAUUUCUAAAUCUUUGAUACAUUUUUGUGAGUCAGUAGUCAUAAAUAUACCAGAAAAAUAACUUGUGUCUUCCUAAAUAUUUUGUGAGCUCCCAUACUGUUCUGCAGUUGCCACCAAUCCGGUUUUGUUCUGAUUCUGCAGCAUUUACCUGCUUUUAAGCUAUUAUUAGUCUGGUAUCUCUGAUAAAUGUUUUGAGCACAGCGACACAGUGACAUUUGUGUUUUCACAUAUAAGCUUGGUAGGUACUGUAAGCUGCAAUAGUACUGGGAACCAGUACUUGAACUGUGAAAUCUGUGUGUGUGCAAACCAGUCCUUGGUUGUACAUGUAACUCUCUGUGUAUGUUGCUUUUUCUCCUGUAUUUUCUAACAUGGGAGUAAAAGCAGGUUGUCUGUGCAUUAAGUGCUGUUUGGUCACUACCUGUGGAAUUACUUUAGACUAUAUCUUAACCCUUGAAAUAGCAUCUAUCUAUUGAAAUAUUUCAUCAGGGUAUUCUGGAUGAUUCUUAGGCAAGUGAUUUUUGAUUUAUAAAUUCUAGCAGGAGAAAUAUUUUCAAAAAUAUUUUUUUCAUAGGAAAAAUCAAGUUUAUGGCACUUGCGGUUUUAACCGAAAGCUAAUUGCUUCUCCUUCCCAAGUCUUUGGGGGCGAUCAUUUGUAGAGUGCCUGAUGUCUCUGAAGGUCUCUUUCUCCUUCAAUUCUCUUGUGUUGGCCUUGCAGUCAGUGGUUUCAGGUGAGACAUAAAAAGUGAAACUAUGUUUCACAUAUUCUUUUUUUUUUUAGACAGACUUCAACUACUGGUAGAAGAAAGACUGGGAGACAAAAGGUAGAUGUUUGGUGUGGUGUUGAACUGGCUAUAAUUUGUUUUCUUUUAUAGCUUUGUUACAGUUUCUAAUUUAGGAGUCAAAAUACUUCUGAAUUUGCAGAGGUUUAUAUUUGGUAGCAAAGAUGUCUUGCUCUUGGUACAAAAAACUUACUGUUAUAUUCUGUUUUAUGUACUGUCACUAGCCAAGACUGUAAUAAAAAUGCAAAAACUU